UCCACAUUCACACAAACCACACCCACAAAACCCCUCUGGUUUUCCCAAAACCCAAAAGAGGUUUUACCUGAGAUUUAUUGGCGUCACGUAAAUUCGAAAUUCUUGUUAACUGUAUAUAUACAAAAAGGCAAAAGCAGAAGCAGACGUCCAGUAUUUAUCCUCUUAUUCAUCAGGUUAAAGGUGAUUUGGCAACAUCACAUUUCUUAAAUUGGAGAUCUCGCAGUGGUAUGCGUUCGAGAACAUGGUACCAAAAAAGAGGUUGGAUUAUUGGCUCAAUGGUAUUCGAUCCUUCAUUAUUCCCAAAGCUCCCAGAUCAAUCAGGAAGAGAUGCCCACGCAAGAAUCCAGUCGAGGACAACCAACUUUGUGCCUUUGAAUUACUUGCAGAUGUAGCUGGGAAGCUGUUACAGGAGAGUGAAAGUUCUGUUUCAAGUAAUGUAGAAGCUCAUGCCGGCAUUUUAAAAAAUGAGAAUGUGACGGAGCAGCAUAUAGAUAAGCAAACUCCGAAAUCAGAGAGUGUUGACCAUGGAAGCUGUGCUGAGAGUUCUUUUAUCCCCGUUCAGGAGCCCGAUCUCUCGUUCGAGUUCAAGGGACUGCCACAAACAGAUAAUGGUUCUGUCUUGGAAAACAUUUCUGUUGCUAGUCCUGAAGUCGUGAAGAAACUUGACUGUGGUUCAAUACAGGAAACCUGUCAAGUCAAUGAUGCUGAUAGAAAUACCAACUAUGAUGUUAUAGUAGAGGGUCAGCAAGGUAUGCAUUCGGGGGAUGAUGCUAACACAUUGAAUGUAAAGGAUCGUAUUGGAGAGCGUGUGAAUAGUAAUAUGCUAAUUAGGUCAGAUAGUGGUGUACAGUUUCCCUUGUACAGGGAACCCACUCCUCAUACUCCACUGCGAAAGCAGUGGAAUACUGUAAAAAUAGGAAUUAGCGAUGAUGACGAUAAUUCUUAUGGGUGCAAUAAACUGAGCACCAAGUUUAGGCCUUUUAGGCCACAGCCGCGCACUGGUCACCGAAGAAUAAGGAAGAUGUUGACAUCCAAGUACAGGAAGAUGGCUCCAGAGAUAAGGAGUUGUGAACUCUAUAACCCUAGGAAUGGAGUGAAGUCAUUUUACCAAAAUAGGAAGAGAAUUUAUACCCAAGAGAGAUAUCUACAAGCACCCAUCAAGAAAAGGAAACUGUUUGAUCACAGGAGUACAGUUGCACAUGAUCAGCAGGCCAGUAGUAAUAGCAUUUCUAAUUCACCCAAGAAGGGGAUGUGCAUGGACAAGAGUGAUUCGGGCACCAUGUUGGAAAGAGUGAGUGGUGCUUCAACUCCAGUGAAAGGCCAUAAAAAAGGCAAGGAUCCUCAUGUAAAGUUCAGCAUCAAGUCCUUUAAGGUACCGGAACUUUACAUUGAGGUCCCUGAAACCGCAAGUGUUGGUUCUCUGAAGAGAACUGUGAUGGAGGCAAUUACUGCUAUUCUUGGAAAUGGAGUACGAGUGGGGGUAGUUCUACAAGGGAAGAAAGUUCGAGAUGACAACAGAACUUUGCAGCUGGCUGGCAUUUCUCAGAAUAGUGAUCUUGACACUCUGGGUUUUACAUUGGAGCCAACUUUUACAAAUAUUUGCUCUUCCAUGACUCCCAAAAAACUUACCUCAGUAUUGUCAUGUGAUGCAGAUCAGGAGUUGAUGAGGUAUCCUGCCACUCCAAUGGUUGAUUCAGGGAUUUCAAAUGUCUCAGUAGAUCCCCCUUUUAUAAGUAAAGUUGAUGAUGAUGUGAUUACCAGUGAUUCUAUGUCCUCCCCACAGACUUGUAAAAAUGAGACGGUGAAUGGAAUAGUUUCUGAUUCCAAGGCAUUAGUUCCAGUUUCUCCAAUGAACUCAGAAUCACUUGCAGUAUCUCCAGCGAACCCCAAACCCAAAAAGAAUGAAAUGUCGCAGCGCAGAACUAGGAGACCAUUCUCCGUAGGUGAAGUUGAGGCACUUGUUGAAGCUGUUGAAAGACUCGGAACCGGAAGGUGGCGUGAUGUCAAAAUGGGUGCCUUCGAGCAUGCAGAUUAUCGCACGUAUGUUGACUUAAAGGAUAAAUGGAAGACAUUAGUUCACACAGCUGGCAUAUCUCCUUAUCAGAGACGAGGAGAGCCGGUGCCACAAAAUCUGUUGGAUCGCGUCUUAGCUGCACACUCUUACUGGUCGAAACAACAGGGGAAACAGCCUGGCGCCGCAGAACCCCUUAGAACUGUGGAUCCUAGCAAGGAGGCGACGGUAUGUGGAGCUUGAAAGACCGGAACUUGUAGCUACUGAUGUAUAAAGUAGAAAAUUAUGACGUUGGAGGUGUAAAGAACUGUUGAAUUGUUAUCUAGGAAUCUCACUCUCACUGAUGUUUAUGUUUUGUACAUGAUUUGUGGAAUAAGAUGUAAUUUUUUUUCCUCAAA